UCAGCUCAAGUCCCGUCGCGCUUUCGCCCCUUCUCCGUGACCUCAACUCCUUUAUACCGACCCCACCUCUCAGGAUUUUAGAGUACCGCCCCUGUAGGGGGAGGGGAGGAGGAGGAGAUUUCAAACGCGGAUUGAGUCUCCCGGGCACCCGUAGUUGGGAACUGUGGAACGCUGGUCUCAGGGAAAGAGGGAGGUGUCAGAACUGAAAGCGAGGUUCGUGUGGGCCUCGGUGCUGGCCGGGCCGACUCUCUCCGCUUGGAGAGUGUGAGUGUGAGUCGCACCCUGGGCGACGCUCGGAGCGGCAGGCGCAGUCAUGGCCGACUACUGGAAGUCACAACCAAAGAAAUUCUGUGAUUACUGCAAGUGUUGGAUAGCAGACAAUAGGCCUAGUGUUGAAUUUCAUGAAAGGGGAAAAAAUCAUAAGGAAAAUGUGGCAAAGAGGAUCAGUGAGAUUAAACAGAAAAGCCUGGAUAAGGCAAAAGAAGAAGAAAAGGCAUCAAAGGAGUUUGCUGCAAUGGAGGCAGCUGCCCUGAAAGCAUACCAAGAGGAUUUGAAAAGGCUUGGCUUAGAGUCAGAAAUUUCAGAGCCAAGCAAAUUACCAGUAACCCCCACUAUUCCACCCACCUCUGCAUCAAAUCAACAGAAAGAAAAGAAGAAGAAGAAAAAAAAGGAUUCUUCUAAGGGUAGAUUAGAAGGUGUAACCUCUGAGGGUUAUCAUUACUAUUAUGAUCUCAUCACAGGAGCAUCUCAAUGGGAGAAACCUGAAGGAUUUCAAGGAAACUUAAAAAAGACAGCAGUGAAGGCCAUUUGGGUAGAAGGUUUAAGUGAAGAUGGUUAUACCUAUUAUUACAAUACAGAAACAGGAGAAUCCAAAUGGGAAAAACCUGAUGAUUUCAUUCCACACACUGGCGAUAUGCUUUCUAGUAAAGUUGAUGAAAAGUCACUUGGCACCGUAGAAGAAUCCAAAUCAUCAGAGUCACAUAGUGAUUCUGAUGGGGAAAAGGAAAGCACAAGAAGAGGUUUCCACAGGAAAAAAAAAGCUAAUAAUAAAAGUAAUAAAGGAACUGACAUAGAAAUGCAGAAAGAAAAAAGUAUCCCAAAACAGGACUUCAUCAGGUCCAAAUGAAGAAAAACCCAAAACACUGAAAAAGCCAACCCAUAUGGGGAAUGGAAAGUUAAACAAGAGGUCAAAUCUCAUGAAGAGGUAGAUUUGGAACUUCCAAGCCCUGAAAAUGACUAUGUGUCAACUUCAGAAGGUGAUAUUGGGGAACCCAAAGUGGUAUUUAAAGAAAAAACAGUUACUUCUCUUGGAGUUGCAGCAGAUGGUGUGGCCCCAGUUUUCAAAAAGAGAAAAAUUGAAAAUGGAAAAUCUAGAAAUUUAAGACAACGAGGUGAUGAUCAAUAAUUGUAAAAAACAUUUUAUAUGUGUGUCUUGGACAUAAUGGAGACUUACUCCUCUUAAAGCUUCUCUGUGUUUGUUUCUAUACUGAUGCUAAAAUUGAUUUAUUCUAAAUGCAUGUUAUGUGAAUUAAAAUAAUAAAUCUUUUUUAUGUGAAAUUUAUUUUUGUUCCUAAAAUGGAAACCUACCAUGUUGCAUUGUAAUAUGGUGUAUUAUGUUGAAUGUCUAAAAAUUGUUAAUUAUGCCAUAAUUUAAGAUGCUAUGUAUCUGUUAUUUAAAACACGGAAAUAUAAGGCCUUUAUUCUAUUCUUAUUCAUAUGAACAUACUUAUCCUGCAUUGAAAAUGCACUAUUUUUGCACACUGAUAUUAACUGUUACCCAAGAAAUAAGAACCAGGCCACAUAAGAGAAGAUUCACAGCCCAGUAACAAUUCAAUUCUGAGAAUCCUUUAGAAGACUGAUGUAAAAAGUGUAUGCAUACCGUACUCAAUUUGAGGAUAAAGGCUAAAACCAGGAGCAGGCAGCUCAGGUACCUCAAAUAUAGAACUUGAAGUGGAGCAAAAACUAGACCAAAGAUAAAAAUGUAUAUUGCCCCCAGUUCAGUUCAAAGCAAUAAAUGUUACUUAAGCAUUUUAACUUUGAGCUGCCAGGCAUUAUACCAAGAACUAGGGAUAUAAAGAUAAAAGAAACACAUACCAAUUCUAAGGCAGUUCACAUUCUAGAUUAGUCCUUUUUCCCAGUCAUGCUGUGUAGCACGAGUUAUAAAUGUACAGGAAAUUAUUUUUAAGGUUUAUUUAAAACUGUAGAUAAAGACUUGAACUAAAAUAGUAAGGUCUCUAACUUCAGUAAUAAAAGUUUUUAGCAUUCACUUAGACAUACUAGAAAUUCCCCAUCUGGUUAAAUUUCCUAAAAAGUAGGAUUUUCAUAUUUAACCUAUUUGAAGUAGGUACCUCCCUUUAGUGCUUCUAAUUCUCAAAAUUAUAUUUUUCAUAAAUUGUACAGUAUUUAACUUUUGUUAGCAAAUAUUUGUCUUUUUACAAUUAGUAGUAUACAUGUAAGAAAACAAUAGCUUAUUAAACUCUUCAUGAAA